ACGCCCAUGUACUUCUUCCUGUCCAACCUGUCCUUCGUGGACAUCUGCUUCACCUCCACCACUGUCCCCAAGAUGCUGGUGAACAUCCAGACGCAGAGCAAAGUCAUCACUUACGUGGGCUGCAUCACCCAGAUCUACUUUCUCCAACUUUUCCUAGUGUUGGAUGACAUUAUCUUGACCAUCAUGGCCUAUGACCGUUUUGUGGCCAUCUGUCACCCCCUGCACUACAUGGUCAUCAUGAACCCCCGGCUGUGUGGACUCCUGCUUCUCGGCUCCUGGAUGCUGUGUGUCCUUAAUUCCUUGUUGCAUAGUUUAAUGCUGUUGCGCCUCUCCUUCUGCAACAACUUAGACAUCAACCACUUUUGCUGUGAAUUCAACCAGCUGACCCAAAUGUCCUGUUCCGACACCUUUCUUAACAACACAGUGAUGUAUACUGCUGUUGUUCUCUUGGGCGGGGGUCCGUUUGCUGGGAUUCUUUUCUCUUACUUUAAGAUUGUCUCUUCCAUCCUGAGAAUCUCCUCAGCUCAGGGCAAGUAUAAAGCCUUUUCCACCUGUGCAUCUCACCUCUCCAUAGUCUUCUUGUUUUACUCUACAGGUCUUGGCGUGUAUCUUAGCUCUAAAGAUGUUCACAGCUCACAUUCCAGUGUCACAGCCUCCGUGAUGUAUACUGUGGUCACACCCAUGCUAAACCCCUAUAUUUACAGUCUGAGAAACAAAGAUAUCAAGGGUGCUCUGAAAAGAUUCUUUGAGAUGGCAACUACCUGA